AUGGACUUCACAGACGUCGGAAUCCGACACACCCUUUUGAACAGUGUUGACCUUCGCCACUUUAUUGAUUUUUCUCCUUCAACAGCUGUCAUUGCCAAGGAAAUCCGCCUCUGCGUAAUUGCUGUUGUGGUUGGGUGGAUCACUACUCGUGUCGUGUCUAGCAUCUGUCAAAUACCUACUACCUGCGAUCAUUGCGGAGAAAAGUGGAAGCGCUUGCUUCUUUUACGAACCUCACACGACCCUGUUCUUAACACUACCACUACCACUAUGAAGGGUUUUGCCUCUUUAGCUCUGCUCGCAGCAGGAGCUACAGCUCAAAUUAUCGAAAGUGCUAGCUUUGGUUAUGGUAAAACUAUUUCCCCUAGCCGUGACUCGAUUCCAGGAUGGAACAUUAAUGGGGAGAACUUUGAUCCCUCCUUGUUAUCCGAUAAACUCAUAAUAACACCACCCUACCCCGGAGAUGUUCGAGGAUCGGCCUGGGCCCAGAGCCCAGUCGCUCUGUCUGAAUGGUCCGCCGAGUUUCAAUUCCGAGCUAGUGGCCCCGAACGCGCCAGCGGCAACCUCCAAUUAUGGUACACAAAGGAUGGAGAGGCACGAGUGGGAACGUCAAGCAUAUACACCGUGGGGCCGUUCGAUGGAUUUGCUCUAGUGAUUGAUACACAUGGUGGAAGGGGUGGAAGUAUCCGCGGAUUCUUGAACGAUGGAACGACAGACUACAGAACUCACCGCAGCGUCGAUAGCCUGGCAUUCGGUCAUUGUGAUUACCCAUACCGCAAUCUGGGUCGUCCUUCUGUGGUGAAGCUCAAGCACACCAACUCAUUCUUCGAGGUGACUGUGGACGACAAGGUCUGCUUCUCGACUGACAAGGUUCUCCUUCCAUCUGGAAACACCUUCGGUCUCACCGCUGCCACCCCCGAGAACCCCGAUUCCUUCGAAAUCUUCAAGUUCGUCCUGGAAUCUGCGUCUGGCCAGACGAUCCCUCAAGGAACCCCCAACCAGCAGCAGCAGCAGCAAGUUGUGAACCGAGAUGCUCCACCGGCUCCCCAAGUUGUCUCCGACAAGGACUACUCAGCCCAGUUCUUCGACCUGAACAACCGUUUCCAGUCUCAGAGCAAAGCCACCAACGCUAUCCUACAAGAAAUCAAAGCUCAGGCUGUUAAAAGUGAAGAGCGCCACGCCGAGGCUUCUCGCAUCCUCGCAUCAAGGGACCAGGUGUCUUCGUUAGAGGCUCGGCUCCAGCGCAUCGAGAGCAUGCUCCAGAAUAUCCAGCGUGACCUCGAGGGCAAGGAUUACAGCAGUCGCUUUAACCAGCUCCAGGAUACAUUGCGAACUUCGCACCUAAGCCUGACCGAGAAUCUUCACGGACAUCUAUUGAAUGCUAUCACCGCCUCAACCCCGCGCAUGGGAUUCUUCAUCUUCCUCAUCAUCGCCUUCCAGAUCUUCCUGGCUGUCUCUUACGUCCUUUACAAGCGUCGUCGCGCGAACAUGCCCAAGAAGUUCCUGUAA